AUGGGAGAUUGCAUUACAUGGAUUGUCAAAAUCUUACAUCAGUCUAUAUCUAUUUCUGGUUUUCAGACAGCAUUAACAAAUACAGUACUAGAUGACCCACUUGGCAAGACAGUAGAGUUGCGUAUACAUGAGGUUUUGGAGUACUUAUUGACGGACACAGUAUGGUAGGUUGUCUGUUUUUUAUCAUAGAACCCUAGCUUCCACCCAUCCAUCACUCUCCUCUUGACAAGCAAAAUUGUCUGUUGUUAGACAGCAAAAUAAUAAUGUAAGGGUGCAUUAGAGCACAAUGCAAUUUAAUGGGUUAAUAUAUCCAUCAAAAUGCUGCAUUUGAGGAUAUAUUUAACAUGCAUGGUCAUAAUGUCUGUUUUAUAGCUUUCUAUCUGAAGAACCGGAAGAAUUAUUAGCCUUGCAGAAGAAAGAAUGGGGACCUUUAUGGGAAUGGUUCAAUAAUAGGUAAAAUUUAACAAUUAACUUGAAUAUUAAAAUUUUCAAAAUCAUCUUCAAAUACUCUCAAUAUUCACUUUUUUUACAGAUACAGAGUUUCAUUAAUUCCUACCAAUUCACUACUGGUUGAAAUAUCUCCCGAGUUGAGAAAUACCAUGCAAGAGUAUGUUACGUCAUUUAACAAAUGGUCACUCACAGGUACUUUGACAUCAUGCAUGUUGUAUUCAGGGAUGCACAAAUUGUAAUUUGGAUUGUAUAUUAAUUAAAUUAAUGGACUUUGAUUGUGAAGAAAUGCAGAAACCUUACACAUAUAUACUUACAUACUUUUUCUGUUUUAAUCUCUGCAUUAGGUUUUGAAUAUGCGGUUGAAUCGGCGAAAUCACUUGUGAUAGCGUGUGCUUUAGCUGAAAAAGAAAUAUCGGUAGAAAAAGCCACAUCACUUUCAAGACUAGAGGUUGAAUUUCAGGUUAGUACGCUGAAGUUAGUUGGAAAGUUUGGUAAUUGCCUACUAAUUGGUGCAGCCGAGAUUUAGAAAAUUUAAUAGUAAAUAUAUACAGUAGCAAGUAUUUUGUAAUAAAAGUCAUUUCUAUCUCACAGUAAAACAUCUACAGUAUGUACUGGAAUCACCCAAUAUAUAUACCGGUACAUGAACUUGUGGUUAUAGAGCUCAACAACUGCAUGGCCUCUGUAUGGCGGGCUUGAAAUAACAGCUGAUCACCAAUCAAUGAUCGGCAAGAAAUUGCUUAUGAUCGGCAGAAAAGCAGGGUUUCCAACCUGAAAAAGCAGGGAAAGUCAUUACUGCCGAUCACCAUGAUCGGGAACUUUGGGAACGUCAUUUCAAGCCCUGGUAGCUCAGUUGGUUGGAGCACUGCACCAGAAUCGCAUGGUUCGAUCCCUGCCUGAUGGCCUAUAGUUGCAACUGUUGGACUCAAAAUUUCCAUCUACAAAACCCUUCCUCCUGUGGUAACACUAUAGGCUUGGUCCUUAUUUGCUCGCAGUACAAAUUGAAGACGUACUUAUACAAUUCUCAUGUUAUCUGUGUAGAUCAAAAAAUGGGGUAGUGUUGAGUGGGCACACGAGGUGGACUUGAUGGACCUACGAAGUCGCCUGGCUGCCGCAACCUUAUUCUUUCAUCUGACAAGUGGAAGCACGCUGGAUGGUUACAAAGAAGACUAAACACAUCAGGUUUUUAUAUCGUUGUGUGUGAACACUGCUUGUUGUGUGGAUUGUUGCAACAUUUCUGAAUUCAAAAAUGUUGCAGUUGGAAUAUCAUUCACAGAAUGCCGUUGAUGCAGAUUGCGCGCGCUUAAAAUUCGGAACAUGAAAACAUCGCCAUUAUACUGACUUUGAUACAUCCUGCACCAAGAAGGUCCCUGCCCCCCCCCCCACCUCGACAGCCCUGAUGGUGCUAAUCACUUAAUAUCAUAAAUCAUAGUAUGGAUAUAGUACAAAUAAUUGAAAUAUUAUUUACAUUGAAACUUUGAAGUUACUACACAUAAACUGUUUUUCUUUUUAAAAAGAUUAGAUAUAUUUAAAUACCUCUGUGUUAACAGAAAAGUGAAACUUUUCAGCAUUAUAAUUUUAAUCCUUAUUGUAUUUACAUCUUAGAGACUUAUAUUAUAUACAUUUACGUUAUUUAGCAUAUAAUAUUUCACCAUAGCUUGAACACAUGCAUCUGACCAUAGCUGGGUCUAAGUCAUUCCACCAAUGUCAUAGCUGUCAAUCUCUUCUCUGAAGUGGUCAAUGAGAUUAUUAAUUUCUGCGACACGUUUACGAUUUCUUUUUAUUUCCUCAGUGUGGAUAUUUUCAAUGAGUGACUGGAUGUUUUGGUUUGCUCGGGUUACGAUGUCGUCCUCCUGUUGAG